AUGGAGCCACCAAAUAAGAAGAUAAGAACCGACUCAGCCUCUCCGGAACCCGAGUCAAGACUGGAAUCUCCUUUGUCUACAUUACCCGAACUAGUCACCUUACACAAAGUCAUCACCCCACCAGAACGACCUCGAAUCUCCGGACAGGUCGCUUACACCGACUCCGAAGCAGAGAAGGAGAGCAAUGAGCCAAAGACCAGCCAAACAAGCCCUAAAGCUGGCUCCAUUCCUCCAAAGGUCAUCGACUCUCCAGUUCAACUCACACACAUCCGUGAUCUUCCAACAAGCAAAGGCUAUAAUGUGGACACGGUGCGACUCCGUGAUAUCCUCGGGGAUCCAAUGAUCCGCGAAUGCUGGCAGUUCAAUUACCUUAUCGAUGUGGAUUUUCUCAUGUCGCAAUUUGAUGAAGAUACUAGAGGUCUUGUUAAAGUCCGUGUUGUGCAUGGGUCGUGGCAAAGAGAAAGUGCGAACAAGAUUCGUAUCGAAGAAGCAUGUGCGCGAUAUCCCAAUGUCGAACCUGUCGUGGCAUACAUGCCCGAGGCCUUCGGGACGCAUCAUUCUAAGAUGAUGGUGCUUCUUCGGCAUGAUGAUCUAGCCCAGGUUGUCAUCCAUACGGCGAACAUGAUCCCUAUGGACUGGACAAAUAUGACACAGGCUGUCUGGCGCUCUCCGCUUCUUCCGCAGAACCCAUCCUCGGCACCAGAGACAGACGCACCAAUUGGCUCUGGGUCCCGAUUCAAAAGAGACCUUCUCGCCUAUUUGAAGGCAUACGGUCCCUCCAAGACAGGUCCGUUGGUUCAACAGUUGAAAACCUAUGAUUUCGAAGCUGUGCGCGCUGCCCUUGUUGCCAGUGUACCAUCCAAGCAGCAUGCCAACGACUCCAAUUCAGACGAGGGAACACUAUGGGGAUGGCUCGCACUCAAGGACCUUAUGAGCCGAAUCCCAAUUAAAAACACCAACCAGGACGAAAAAGAGAGCCCCAAAAAGCCUCACAUCGUCAUCCAGAUCUCAUCAGUGGCAACACUAGGCCAAACAGAUAAAUGGCUAAAAGAAGUCUUCUUCAAAGCCCUCUCCCCAUCACCACACUCACACCAAACACCAACUCCAACCUACUCGAUAAUCUUCCCAACACCCGAUGAAAUCCGCCGCUCCUUAGACGGCUACAAUUCCGGCGGCUCAAUCCACAUGAAAACACAAAGCGCAGCACAACAAAAACAACUCGCAUACAUGCGUCCCUAUCUGUGCCAAUGGGCCGGCGAUGAUCCCACAAACGGCACAUAUAUCGACCUAUCAGGCGACGAGCCACCGAAACGGGAAGCUGGUCGUGCGCGCGCGGCGCCGCAUAUCAAGACUUAUAUUCGGUUUCGUGAUGGGAUGGAGAGCAUGGACUGGGCGAUGGUUUCGUCGGCGAAUCUUUCUACGCAGGCUUGGGGUGCGGGGGUUAAUUCUAGAGGGGAGGUUAGGAUUUGUAGUUGGGAGAUUGGGGUUGUUGUUUGGCCGGGGUUGUUUGGUGAUUGUGCUGAUGAGGGUGGGGAGGCGGUUAUGGUCCCUACUUUUAAGAAGGAUCGUCCUUCUAUGCCGUCAGAGACGGCGAAGGAGAAGGGGGAGGGGACUGUUUCUGUUGUUGUUGGAUUCCGUAUGCCUUACGACCUACCCUUAACGCGGUAUGGAGCCUCGGAUGAGCCGUGGUGUGCUACUGCCUCACAUGAACUGCCCGACUGGCGCGGACAGAGCUGGAUUGUUUGA